AUGUCCCAACAGUACUUGGUUGUUGAUAAUGGGUCAUAUAGCAUCAAGGCUGGCUUCAGUACUGGCGACUAUAACGAAAACAAUGCGCUGAAUGCAUUGAAAACCCAGAAUUCGAUAUCAAGAACGAAAGAUGGAUUGAUAUAUAUUGGUAAUGACUACUUAACGCAAACGAACAACUAUAGUGGGAUAAAUAUCAAAAGACCGCACGAGCAAGGACAUUUGACUUCAUGGGAAACAGAGAAACCAAUCUGGGACUAUACUUUAGAUAAGUUAUCACCUAAGAAGGAGCUAGAUUUAUCAUCGAUACAUUUAACAUUAACUGAAACCCCAUUUCAAUUACCCCAAUUAUCAAUCAAUACUGACCAAAUAAUAUUUGAAGAGUAUGGGUUCAAUGAGUAUUAUAGAUGUGCCCCGGCAUCGCUAGCGCCGUGGCUGAAUAAAACUGAAGCAGAGCCAAAUGAUUUCAAUUUAAUAAUUGAUUCUGGAUUCCAAUCAACCUGGAUAAUCCCAGUAAUUUAUCAGAAAGUUUGGUGGAAAGGAGUUAAAAAAUUACCAAUCGGGGGUAAAUUAUUGAAUGGAUUAUUAAGAGAUUUAAUUUCAUUUCGACAUUACGAUAUAACUGAUGAGCCUUUAUUAAUCAAUACUAUUAAAGAACAAACAUGUUUUGUUGCUAAUGAUUUUAAUAAAAUUUUACAAAAUAAAUUAGACUCUAAAUGUGAAUUUGUAUUACCAGACUUCAAGACUACAAUUACUGGAUAUGUACGUACCAAAGAUACAGAGUUAUCACAAGAUGUCCAAUCAUUAAAAUUAUUUGAUGAACGAUUUAGUGUUCCGGAAUCGAUAUUUCAUCCCGAGGUUAUUUUUGAUAAUAAUUCAACUUCUGCUAAUAAUUCAAUGAUUCAAUCUACACCUUUCAAGAAUAUCAUUGAUUUAAUUGUUGAAUCAAUCAUGUCGUGUCCCGAGAUUACCAGGCCUUUAUUAUCGGGUAAUAUAACUUUUGUUGGUGGUACCACUAAUUUAUCUAAUUUUAAGGAAAGGAUACUUUAUGAGUUGAAAAAAGAAUUACCCGGUGACUGGAUUGUUAAAUCAAAACCAAAUUUAUUCAAGAAUUAUGAUGAAGUAAAUUGGCAUGGUGGGUUAAAUUUAGUAAAUAAUGAUAUUAUUGAUAAAUUAAGUAUAUCUAGAAAAGAAUAUUUUGAACAUGGUUCAAACUGGUGUCAAAAUCAUUUUGGUUUUGAAAAUAUUAUAAAUUAA